AUGCCCUUGAUGAAGCCGCAAAACAUGGCCACUGUCGCUUGGUGCUUCGCAACGGUCGGGCUUCGCCCUUGGCCGUUGCUGGCCAGUUUGGCGGCGGCCAGUGUGGAGAGGCUGGACGAGUUCCUGCCACGACACCUGUCCAAUUUGGUUUGGUCCUUCGCGAAGCUCAACAUCAAGGAGCCUUCCUUGUUGGCAAGUCUAGCUACCGCUUGCCACAGCGGCGUGCGGCAUGCGGACCGUCAAGGCCUGGCAAACAGCGCCUGGGCCUUCGCUGCUUUGCUUUGGCACGAUGGGCCCUUGAUGGCUGCCAUCGGGACUGAGUGCUGCAAGCAGAUGGCCAGUUUCACUCCGCAGCAUGUGGCCAACCUUGCCUGGGCCUUUGCCAAAUUGGAAGCCUUUGCCACACCGGUGGGGGGACCUCAAGGUGUGCAUGCAGCCAUGGGCCUAAGGAGCGACAUCGGCACGCAAGCCACCGUGAACUUGCUGUGGGCUGUGGCGAAGCUGUCGCACCAAAGUGCUCCACUGGUGCAGCACUUGUCCGGGAUAGCUUUGAAGUUGAUGGCAGAGUUGAGCACCAUUGACCUCUCCAACCUGGCAUGGUCUUACGCCACCAUGAUGUGCCACCCGGCGUUUCUGGAAGUGACUGCAAGUCGAGUGCUCGAGAAGUUGUCGGAGUUUGGAUCCCAAGACUUGUCGAUCACGGCCUGGUCCUUCACCAAGCUCAGCUUUGGCUCCUUGCAGCUCUAUGAGGCGCUGGCGACCGCCUCGGUGGCGAAGAUCUCAGAGUUUGGAGCGCAGAGCCUUGGAAAUACAGGAUGGGCCUUCGCCAAGCGCCAGCUGAUGGAUCGGCAGUUGAUGGAUGCCAUUGGACACGCCGCACGUGCACACAUCAUGGAGUUGAAGCCGCAGCAGCUGUCCAACCUCGCUUGA